UCGUCAUUUGAGAAAGCAGCGAUCUCAGCUCUCUGGUCUCUCAUGAAGGGCGUUGGUCAUCAUCGAGAGAGGGCGCUAAUGGCGAUAGGGAGAACCAAGCUUGGGCUCCCUGCUGUCCUUUUUGGCUUCCUCUUCUUCAUUGCUUUGCUCUUGGGACCCGUGCUUUUCAUCUUCAAGGACUCAUCUGGGGAUGCGGCCUUGACGCGAUCCAGGCUGAUGGAGAUGAGCGAUGAUGAGACUGAGUUGCGAGCAAUGCCUCAUGGGUUGUCCGGAGAGUCUCAUGCCUCUUCAAUCCCUUUCCAGAUUUUGAGCUGGAAACCUCGUGCAUUGUAUUUUCCAAAUUUUGCAACGCCAGAGCAAUGCCAAAAUGUUGUAAAGCUUGCAAAGUCGAGACUUAGGCCAUCUACCUUGGCUUUACGAGCAGGUGAAACUGAAGAGGGUACCAAAGGAAUAAGAACAAGUUCAGGCACCUUUAUAAGCUCCUCUGAAGAUUCAACUGGGACCUUGGGUGAUAUUGAAAACAAGAUUGCAAGGGCUACAAUGAUUCCAAGAGAUCAUGGAGAGGCAUUCAAUGUUCUCCGCUAUGAGAUUGGGCAAAGAUACGCUUCUCACUAUGAUGCGUUUAACCCAGCUGAAUAUGGACCACAAAAAAGCCAAAGGAUAGCUUCAUUUUUAUUAUAUUUGUCUGACGUUGAGGAAGGGGGAGAAACCAUGUUUCCUUUUGAGGGUGGAUCAAAUAUGAAUAUCGGCUACGAUUAUGAAAAAUGCAUCGGCUUGAAGGUGAAGCCUCACCAAGGAGAUGGUCUUCUGUUCUAUUCACUCCUGACAAAUGGCACCAUUGACCCGACAUCACUUCAUGGCAGCUGUCCAGUGAUCAGAGGUGAGAAAUGGGUGGCAACCAAGUGGAUCAGGGAUCAAGGCCAAGGUUUCAUUUAAUUAACCUUUGUUCAUUGAUCUAAUUUCUUCACAUUUUGUAGGUAUUAAUUAAACUCUUUUGAUACUUUAUAUUUGUACAAAUUAGAGUAUUAGUUUAACCCAAUGACUCAAUCCAGAUGUUUCAUGGAUGCAGUCUUGAGUAAUAUGAUGUUUUUGUAAUGUAUUGGAUUAUUUUAGAAUUUUUAUUAUUUUAUGUGAGACUAUAAAUGAGUGUAAGAAAAUUUCUCUUUA